UAAAGAUUAGACAUAAAAUAAUGAAGAUUUUCGUAUUAAGAAGAAUAAGAAGAUGAUGAAGAUGAUGAAGAAGAAGAAGUCAAUCAUAUAUCUAGAAAAUGCCAGCGAUGAGUAUAUCAAUUCCAAAUUUCCCCUUUAGCUUCCAUUAAUCGUUAUCAUCAUCAUCAAUUCAAACUCCAAUUCAAUAAUUCAAUCCAGAUUUCUCAAUUUUACCAAAAAUGGGGAAAGGGAACGGAUGCGUACCUAGCAAGAACGGACCAUUGGUAACCGUCUCCGAUACAAAUCCAAUUCCAAUUCCAAUUCCAAUUCCCGAUCAACUAAAAUCCAAAGCCGGAGAAAUCUCCAGGAAUCUCAGAAUCUUCAUCGUCUAUUACUCCAUGUACGGUCACGUCGAUCUCUUGGCCAAGAGGAUGAAGAAAGGAGUCGAUUCUGUUGACGGCGUCGAAGGUGUUUUGUUUAAGGUGCCGGAGACUCUGCCGUUGGAAACGCUGGAACAGAUGAGAGUUCCGGUGAAGGAUGAUGGCGUGCCGGUGAUUUCCGUGGAGGAGAUGGUGGAGGCGGAUGGAUUCUUGUUUGGAUUUCCGACGAGGUACGGAUCUAUGGCGGCACAAAUGAAAUCGUUUUUUGAUUCGACAAUUGUUCUUUGUCAGGAUCAGAGAUUGGCCGGAAUUCCCGCCGGAUUCUUUGUCAGUACGGGAACUCAAGGCGGCGGCCAAGAGACGACGGCGUUAACAGCAGUGAGUGUUCUAGCAUAUCAUGGGAUGGUGUAUGUUCCAAUAGGGUACACUUUUGGGAGUGAAAUGAGUAAUUUGGAGUCCAUAAGAGGAGGAUCUCCAUAUGGGGCUGGAGUCUUCUCUGGUAAUGGCUCAAGACCUCUUUCUUCCAUUGAGCUUGAUCUUGCUCAUCAUCAAGGCAAGUACAUGGCUACCCUACUUAAACAACGAUCCCUCCCUCGUUGAAUUACACUUUUAGUCCAUAUAUUUGUACAUGUUCUAAAAGCUUUUUUUUUUUUCUCUCGUUCUUAUCAUUCUAUUAACACUUAUUAGAUACUUCUAAUCUUAAGUAAGAUGUAGUAGAUAAUAUCUAACUUUUGAUCAAGUUGUUUGUGGUUGAUUGGUAAGAAGAGGAAUAUUAUAAUAGUAUUUUGCAUUUGAGAGUGAAAGUCUAAUUCGAACUCUUUUGUAUUAUUCUCAGACAUAGAAGAAUAAUGCAAGCAUCGAAACUUUGACCCAAAUGACAUCAUUAGGACCAUAUGUCGAGUGAAAUUUUUCCAGUACUCCUGUAGUAUUAUAUUAUCUUUGUUCACACUAUAAAUUUGUCUUUAUAAAUUUCAAUGGAUCUCAGACCGAUGUUAGACCAAAGACAUAUCAUUCACUUUUUAAAGUUAGACUAUUUGAGAAA